AUGCUCGCCUCCGGCUUUACCAACGCCCCCAUCACCCGCUUCCUUGUCUUCGGUACAGUUAUCGCCGCAUUCCUCGCCAGCCUGACAGAUACGAAAUACUACUUCUGGAUCCAACCGCAACCCCACCUGUUUAGCUACUGGCAAUUCUGGCGCCUCUUUACCUGGCAGCUAUGCUAUACCAAUAGCGCCGAAGUGCUGUUCGCAGCAAUGACCUUCUACCAAUUGCGAGUGGUGGAGCGGCUAUGGGGGAGUAGGAAGUUUGCUUCAUUCAUCUUCUCAACCUUUCCAUACACUACCCUGCUCCCUCCAAUCCUCCUCGCCGCCGUUAUCCGCCCGCUUAGCUUCGGCCAUAUCAACUACCUCCCUGCGGGACCAACAGCGAUUGUGUUUGCGCUGCUGGCACAGUAUCACGCGGCUGUCCCGUAUAUCUACAAAUACCGCGUCUCGAGCAGCCUACCCACCGGCACUUCGCCAAACCAGGAGUACGGACUCAUGCUCACGUCCAAGUCGACCUCCUACCUCCUGCCAAUGCAGCUUGCGCUCUCGCAGCUGCCUGGCUCGGCGAUUGCGGCGGCGAUCGGCUGGAUCAUUGGAUUCGCUUACAGGAGAGAGAUCCUGCCUGGGGCGGCGAGGUGGAGAGUGCCGGGAUGGGUCAUUGGCGCCAGCGAGCAGAAAGAGCGUUAUGAUACUCUCAGGAGGAGGAUGGAGGGUGAAGCUGGACGUGCGACGGGCGUGGAUAACAAUCGCCAGCAUGCGAGGAGGAGGGGCCUGGUUGGCGGGUUGAUUGAUCAGUUUAGAGGUGCUUGA